CCGGUUUGUCAUCUGUUAAAAUCAAAAUUUUUAGUAUUUCAGUAAAAUUUAAUGCAUUGUUUCAAAAUUAAAAGUUUCAGAAAUAAAAUUGAUCGUAUUAGCCGUGACACGUAACCUUUACACAAUGUCCUUUUGAAAUAGUAACUUUUUUUAAUAUACUUUUUUUACUUUGAUAUGAUUUGUACGUCGUUGACUGGCUCGUAUUGUCAGAUCUUUAGAAGGAAGACUAUUAUAUCGUAUAAUGGUUUAAAUUUGAGUUAAUAAAAAUGGGGAAAACCAAGCAGCAUAAGAGACUGAAAAGGAAGAAGAUCAAUCCUAAGAUUGUUCAUUCUCUUGGCAAUAAAACAAUAAAAUUAAACGAUUUGUCUGGUGGGUCUGGCAUUAUAAAUACCAAUGCAAUCGUCAAGAACUUUUCGAAGUCACCAAAAUCCCAUGACACUUUGACAAGGAUGCCUGCUAAAUGCGACCAGGAGAAAGGAACUAAACGCACAAAUUCAACUGUUCUUUUGGAACAAUUUUAUCAGCUUGUUACUAGAUCUAGACCUGUCAAUGAUGAAUUUCGAAAGGGUUCAAAUGCUGUUCGCGGUCCACUUAUUAGAUCAGCAAGUGCUUGCCCUAGAUUAUUGUCACCGACUACGAAUUCAGCGCCAUUAUCAAUAGACCAGGGAUCACAAACAGUAGAAGCUAUUAACAAUAGUCCUUCGUCUUACAGUCUAGAAUUGAAGCAAGAUAAUCUCUAUAACCAUGAACCUUUAGAAAAAAUGGACUCAGAUGACUUUGUUCAUAGCGGAAAGAGGCUGAGAAAAUAUAGUUCCAUGGACGAUACAUCACCAACAUCUAGUCAGGUUUCCAAAAAAUCUAAAAGCAUGAAUGACAGUGUUUGUGCAAAACCACAAAUAAUGAACAUUCAAAGUGACAAAAGUAAAAGUAUAAAACCGACUGAACCAGAAGUCUUGCAUUCUGAAGCAAUGGACAAAAAUGUUAUAGCAGUCAACAAUGUCAACAUUCAUUCAAAUGUGUCCCAAGAUGGUCUUCUUGCUGUGCUUGAUAAAAGACUAAAGAAUAUUAAAUCUCUAGCUCGCACUAGUAAGUCAUUUGAUUUAACUGCAUGUAGCAAAAAUCCGCCUCCUUUUGAAAAAACAGAGAACAAAUCCAGUGAUAGUGAUGGUGUGAAAAAUUGUUCUACAAUAGGUUCAGAUGAUCAUGGACAACAGAUAGAAAUGUGUCAUGCCACUAAUGUAUCUCGAAUCGGGCAUAUUUGUAGUUGGAUGGGGAUUAAGACUUGCUCAACAUUAAAAAGAGGUGUUAAUUCUUUACACAUCCCGGACCUUCAUUCUGGUAUUAGCAACCAGUACAGUAAUAGAAUUUCUGAAUUAGAGGAUAAGAUCUUUAAACAGGAAAUUUUGAUAAAUAAUCUGUUUGAAGGAAUGAAUCACCUCACGAAGAAGUAUGAUAAUUUAAUAAGUAACUUACAGCAGAAGCAAAUACUUACUGCAGCUAUAAAUGUUCCUGCGGAUUUAGAAACUACAGCAGCGCCUCCUCCUCCUCCACCACCGCCUCCGCCACCGCCACCUCCGCCGCCGCCGCCGCCUCCUCUUCCAACAUCACUACCCAUCGUAACUUCCACUCCAUUAAAGAAAUCUGGUAUCAGAAAGGAAACUUUGGGAGAUAAAUUGUUAGAUAAGAUCGAUGAACCAAGGCCACCUGCUAUAACUUUAGAUGAAAUCUUGAAGGUUAAAUUAAGGAAACCGGCACUACGCCAGGUGAGAAUGACGAGUUCAUCAACUGAUCGCAGAAGUUUGCCCAGUUUGGAGGUAUCUGUGGACAUGUUGCGUCAGGUCAAACUGCGCAGAUCAGGCAGAAAUAGGAGCCCCGUAAAGAAGAACAAUGAUCUAGACAGUUUUCUGCAAAAUGCUGAAUCAUCUAUCGUCCGACGUUCCCGGCUAAAAUUUCAGAAUGUCAAAAGCCAAAGUUUUUCUGAUAUUUUCUCUAGUAGGGAAAGAAAUAAUUUAGUUUAAACGUUUGCAUGGAAUACCAGACCAUAAACGUAGUCUGAUUUUUUCUGUAUAUUUUUUCAUUGUUAAAUGAAAGAUAAAUGUAAAAAAUUUUCUGUAGUAUAAUAAUUGUGAAUGCGAAAUAAGAUAUUUAUUUACAA